AUGGGUAUUCCCAAAUACUUUCGCUAUAUUUCAGAGCGAUGGCCUACUAUCUCGCAGCUUGUGAAUGACUCUGUCAUUCCUGAGUUUGACAAUUUUUAUCUUGACAUGAACUCGAUUUUGCACACGUGCACUCACAAGGACAACGACCCUACCCAUGUUCUCAGUGAGGCCGAGAUGUACGUUGCUAUCUUCAAUUACAUCGAACAUUUAGUGGCCACCAUCAAGCCCAAGAGCGUUCUGUACAUGGCCAUCGAUGGUGUCGCUCCCCGCGCCAAAAUGAACCAGCAGCGGUCGCGUCGUUUCCGCUCGGCGCUGGACCAAGAAACCGCUCGUCGAAAGGCUAUUGAAAGCGGUGUAGAGCUUCCCAAGGAGGACCCCUUUGAUACAAAUGCAAUCACUCCCGGUACCGAGUUUAUGGCUAAACUUACCGUGCAGUUAAAGUACUUUAUUCACCGAAAAGUUACUGAAGACGCUGACUGGCAGGAUAUUCGGGUCGUCCUGUCUGGGCAUGAAGUCCCUGGAGAAGGCGAGCACAAAAUCAUGAACUUUAUUCGCUCGCUUGCGUCUGAUGAAAAUUACAACUCCAACACCCGUCAUUGUUUGUAUGGUUUGGACGCUGAUUUGAUUAUGCUUGGCCUAUCGACCCACCAGCCUCACUUCUCGUUGCUGCGUGAGGAGGUCUUUUUCGGCCGCUCCGAGCGUUUCCAGAGCGCCGAGCUUUCUGAAAAGCGGUUCUUCUUGCUGCACUUGUCGCUGGUUCGCGAGUAUCUCCAACUCGAAUUCCGCAACGUUUUGGAAAGUGGUGACGACGAGACGCAGCCCAGCCAGUUCGACUUUGAACGCAUUUUGGACGAUUUCAUUCUCAUUAACUUUUUCAUUGGCAACGAUUUCCUGCCCGAGCUUCCUUUACUUUUAAUUAAGGACGGCGCCAUUCCCGAAAUUAUGGAUACGUAUAUGCGGUAUCUUUCUAAGGUCAAAGAUUAUAUCACAGAAAACGGAAAGCUUAAUUUUGCGAAUCUCAAACUGUGGCUGAAGGAAAUGGCUCAAUAUCAGUACCAGCGAUUCGAGGAAGAAGCUGUUGACGCAGAGUGGCUCAACAACCAAUUGGAACUCGUUUCUAAUGUUAAUACUGAUGAGCCUGAAACUCUUAUUCUUACUCCUUCUCAGCGUGAUAUUGUUCGUGUGAUGAAGCCGUUCAUUUUGAAUUCUGUCCUAGCUGACGACCCUACCAGUGAAGAGUUUGAAGUUAGCGAGGUCCUUGAUGAAUCUAGUAACAUUUUCGAUCGAAAGUUUGUGGAACUUUUGGCUCAACAAACUGGGUUUAUAGUUCAGGACGGCAUUAUCACCCUCGAGAGUAUUCCCGGUGACAAGCGUCAAUGGGUUUCCGAUACUCGCAAAAUUUUGCGUGUCUAUGAAAAGGCGCAGAUUUCUAGCGCUGAAGAUGACUUGAAUCGUCAAGCUCUGUAUGACUCCAAGUUCAACCAAUGGUCCGACCGUUACUAUCGGUCCAAAUUUGGCGUCCGCCACGACGAUCCUAAGGUUAAAGAAGUGGUUCGCAAUUAUCUGGAAGGUCUCCAAUGGGUGCUUGGAUACUACUAUCAAGGCUGCCCCUCUUGGUCUUGGUAUUUCCAUGGUCACUAUGCUCCCAUGAUUGUUGAGCUCUUUAAUGGCAUCACCCUCGAUUUCAAGGUUGAGUUCGGGCCCUCUAGGCCUUUCCUGCCUUUCGAACAGCUUAUGGGUGUUUUGCCUGAUCGUUCGUCAAAGCUUGUGCCUGCGGCCUAUCGCGAUCUCAUGUCAAGUCCGCAAUCCCCUAUCAUCGACUUCUAUCCCAAUGAAUUCCAAUUGGAUCUCAAUGGCAAAAAGGCCGACUGGGAAGCUGUUGUAUUGAUUCCGUUCAUCGAUGAAAAACGCUUGAUCGAUGCUCUAACUCCGCGUGAAAACCGUUUGACAGAAGCUGAGCGCGCUCGUAACAUUUACGGCUCCGACCUUGAAUUUACUUACACACCCCAGUCGUCUUACUUUUAUCCUUCGUCAAUGCCAGGGGUUGUUCCGGAUCUGCCUGCUUGCGCCGUUGCAGUGCUGUCCAUCAACCCUCACGACAAGAGUUACGCUGAAACGUAUUAUGCUCGUGAUCGUAGUGACGACCCUAAAUUUGCUUACAUGGCUGGUUUCCCUACAUUGAAGACUUUGGACUGGCAGUUCGAGAUUGAAAAGGCCCAUGUUCGUGUCUUUGAGUAUGAUGCUCGUAAUGAGUCUAUCAUUUUGCACAUCAAAAACGACUACAGCUCACAAACAAUCAAGGAGCUGGUUGCUCUCAUUGGUGAGUCCGCUUAUGUCGAUUGGCCGUUUCUUCGUGAGGCUAAAAUCACUGGUGUGUCGAAUCGCGAUGUCUAUUUCUCUUCUCGUAAGGGCUCAGGAACCCCCCAUGAUGCACGUGUUUCUCAACUUUGGAGCAAACAGCUACCAACCAUCAAGCGUAAUUAUGAGAGCCGUGGUGUUGAUUUGGGAAGCGUUGAUGUCCUUGUUCAUUACCAGCCUUUGGUUGGUCUACUCCGUAAGACGGAUGGCUCAUAUGUCAAAGAGUUCAACAAUGAUAUCAAAACUGAGAAAGUUUUGCCAGUACAGCUUUUGGUCGAGGAUAUUGAAGAAGAGGACGAACGUUUCAAGGAACGUGAACCCAUACCGGUUGCGGACGAGUACCCUGUUGAUUCCCGUGCUGUUCUUUUAAUGAACCGCCAUUAUGGAGCGCCAGUUACUGUAACCGGCCAUACCGACACUGCAAUUAACGUCGAGGCCUUGGCUUUGACAGACCCCGAACCCCAGUUUGGCAACCAGGUCGCUAGCCGUGAGAAGAGUACAUAUCAGUACUUUUCUGCCCGCGAGGUUGCUGAUUCUCUUGGUAUCAGUUUUGCGUUCCUCAGUCGACUUACAAGCCGCUUUAUGUUUGUUUUGAAGAAUGAGAAAAUCAACUUGGGCCUUGUGCUCAAGCGUCCCGCCCAGAACCUCAAGGCCAGUGGCUACACUCGCAUGGGAUUCAAGGGAUGGGAGUAUAGUCAGAAGGGUCUACUUUUGAUUUUGGCAUAUCUCAAGUCUUUCCCGGUAAUUUUGCAAGCUCUCGCAUCUGCUCCGCAGUCCAACACUGGCAUUCCUGAUUUGCGCAAGGUUCUUCCUGAGUCGAUUUCAAGUGAAGAGAUUGCACAUCAGGUGCGAAGCAUGAAGACCUGGCUCAAUGAGAACGCUUCUAAAAUUCAGUUUGUUCCUAUGAAUGAUGAGACAUUGAGCGACGAGGGUAUUGCUCAAAUUGAAAAAUGGGCGGUUGAAUACAGCAAGAAACCGAUCCAGGCUCAUAAAAUACAGAUCUCCAAACUCCCUCGGGCGGCUUUACUUACUCCUGCUUCUGCUCAUCAUCAGCUGCGCCGACAAAAGUUCUUCCUUGGCAAUCGGGUUGUUUCGGCUGUUGACUUUGGCAAGGUUCCUCUUUACGCUCGUGGAACUGUGGUGGGGAUCAAUGAAGGUGCGUCGCACCGAACUUUGAACGUUGUGUUUGAUGCAGAGUUCGGUGCAGGCUCGACCCUUGAUCAAAGAGUCAAGACCAAGCGUGGGUUAGUUGUACAAGCCGGAACGGUUAUUAAUUUGACUUUCAAGCAGUUGGCUUAUGAUCGCAACCAGGAUAACGAUGUUCUUGUUCCUGCUGUUCCUCAGGCCCGCUCUACUAAGAGAGUUGAUACUCGCCAACGCAACCUCAAACCUGCACCUGUGAGCCAGUCUGUCUGGACUAAAGCAAAGCCUGCACCUGCUGGUCCCGCAUCUAAAGCGCCUGCCGGUUCCGCGCCUAAAGCACCUGCAGGACCCCCUGUGCGUCCUGCCGCUGCUGAUAUGUUUUUGCCCCCUGUUUCUGCAUCUGCCAGCGCUGAAAGUGCUGAGCUCAUGGCUGCACUGAAGGGCACUACGAAGACCAAGGCCGAGUCUCCGGGAUCGGGCGUGCCGAGCGCACCCAAGGGGCCGAAAAAGGAUGCGUCUCAUAAAGCCCAAGGUGAGGCCAAACAAAAGAAGCAGACCAGUCCUAAAGUCCCCAAGGCUCACAAGGCUCCCAAGGCCCCUAAGGCCGCUAAAGAGUCCGAGCCCGAACCCACCGAGCCAAAGGCACCCAAGGCACGCCAAGCGCCUAAAGAACCCGAGGCCACAAAAUCUACACCUCCUACUCCUGCUCCUACUCCCGCAGCUCCAGACGUUCUUGGAUCAUACGUUCAGCAUGCAACUGAAAAUGCUGGGCGGAAGCGUCAAGGCGUUUCUGACUUGCUUGCGUCGUUAAAAAUGCAGUGA